AUUACUGUUGUUCAACAGGGCAGAAUUGUGCACCAAUAUGCCGCCACCCAACAAAAGAAAAAGUAAAGGGAAGGACAAAGAUAAAGAAACAGAAAAGAACAAAGAAAAGGAUAAAGAGAAAGUUGCAGAACCAACGAAAGAGGGAGAUGAAGAUGUAGAAAUGGAAGAGGAGGAAGACGACGAGGAAGGUGGAAUUCGCAUUGGUGACAUAUACCUGCCCCCGCCUCCCCUGCCAGCCUGUACCUUCGAUAGUACCGGCCCCAGGCUGGUCAUUACUCAUAUUGAAAACCAUUUCUUCAAGAGUUAUGCUGGUAGACAGGUUUUGGGACCAUUUCACAAAAGCUUCACAUCUAUUGUUGGACCAAAUGGAAGUGGCAAGAGCAAUGUUAUCGAUUCCAUGCUUUUCGUCUUUGGCUACCGUGCUCAAAAAAUUCGUUCCAAGAAGAUAUCUGUCCUGAUCCAUGAAUCUGAAGAACAUAAGAAUGUUCAGAGCUGCACAGUUUCUGUUCAUUUUCAGAAGAUCAUUGACAAGGAUUCUGAUGACUUUGAAGUUGUUCCCGAUUCACAGUUUGUUGUCUCUCGCACUGCUUUCCGUGAUAAUUCGUCCUUCUAUCAGAUAAAUGGAAAGAAAUGCCAGUUUAAGGCUGUUGCUAAAGAACUUCGAGCUCAUGGCAUUGAUUUGGACCACAAUCGCUUCCUCAUUCUUCAAGGUGAGGUUGAACAGAUUGCUAUGAUGAAACCCAAAGCUCUAACAGAACAUGACACUGGCAUGUUAGAGUUUCUAGAGGAUAUUGUUGGAUCUUCAAGAUUCAAAGAGCCUAUAGAAUUACUGUCCAAGAGAGUAGAGGAAUUAAAUGAAGCACGAGGAGAGAAAUUGAACAGGGUGAAAUUGGUGGAGAAAGAAAAGGAUGAGCUAGAGGGACCCAAAGAUGCAGCCAUUCAACACUUGAGGCUGGAAAACGAAGUAACACACAAGAAACACACACUACUACAGUGCUACUAUUUAGACUGUUCAAGAAGAAAGGAGAAAGCAGAGACUAAGAAGCAAGAAAUUGAUGAUAGUAUGAGUGAAGUGAAGAAAGAACUAGAGGAACUCAAUGGAAAGAAAAAAGAAAAAGAAGAAGAAAUAAAAACUCUUGGGAAGAAACUGGAGAAAAUUAGCAAGAUAAAGGAGGAAUGUUCAGAGAAAUUUAAAGCCUUGGAGAGUGAAGAUGUUAAAAUGCAAGAAGAUCUUAAGCACAAAAACCAGAAGAGGAAGAAACUCAUGAGUCAGCUCAGUGGUGAAAAAAGUAGAUUAGAAGAGCUGGAGAAAGUCCCUGAAAAAAAUAAGAAAGAUAUAGAGGAGUGUCAGAAGCUGAGAGAUAAUCUGGAAAAUGUGAGGAAGAAAGAAGAGACAGCAUAUCACAAAGUCAUGUCUACUCUCAACUCUGAAACUCAGCAGUUGCAGGAUGAAAAAGCUAAAUUUGAAACUCAACUAAUUGACCUUAGAAAAGAAGUUGAUGAGGCUAAGAGUGCACUUGAUAUUGCUCAGUGUGAAUUAGAUAUUUACCAGAGUACAGAACGAAAUGAAAAAAGGAAACUUGAACAGAUUAUUGCAGGAUUAGAGAAGGCCCGGGAUACUGUGCGUCAAAGAACCAGGGAAAUAACAAAUAUGGAAGAUAGUAUACCUAGAAAUGAAGAACAGCUUAAAACGGACUUGCAGAAACUUCAAGGUCUGGUUCCUGAACAAGAGAAGGUAGAGGAGCGGCUGAGAACUAUGCGAGUGAAGCUUGAGGAAAGCCGCAGUGCCAUGCAGUCAUCACAGUCUCGGGGAAGAGUCCUCGAUGCUAUCAUGGAACAGAGAAAAAAGGGAAGUAUUACUGGCGUGUUUGGCCGACUGGGUGAUCUUGGUGGCAUUGAUGAAAAAUAUGACGUUGCAAUUAGCACAGCUUGUGGACCACUGGACAAUAUAGUUGUGGAUUCAGUGGACACUGGUCAGGAAUGUAUAAGUUUUCUUAAAAGAAACAAUAUUGGUACAGCUACCUUCAUAGCUCUGGACAAGAUGGAAAAAUGGAGGGGCCAGUGCGAGAGGUCAAUGCAAACUCCUGAAAAUGUACCUCGCCUCUUUGAUCUAGUGAGAAUGAAUGACGACAGAGUGAAAACUGCUUUUUAUUAUGCUUUAAGGGACACCCUCGUAGCUGCCGAUUUAGAUCAAGCUUCACGUAUUGCAUACGGCAGAGUGCGACAUCGUGUAGUAACUCUGAAAGGAGAGUUGAUUGAACCCUCAGGUACUAUGAGUGGAGGUGGAAGAUCAGUUCUUCGCGGUCGCAUGGGUAAACAAGCGACUGUUGUCAAUGUUGAUCCUAGAGAAGUUGAAUGUGUACAGGUAGAAGUUGAUAAACUGACAAAACAGGCUGGACAACUUCGCACUGAGCGUGCUCAACUUGAAGACUCUGUCCAACAACUAACAAAGGAUUUGAAAACAGUCAAAUUGAACAUUCAGAAAUAUAAAAUGGAGGUUGACGCGGCUCAGCAGCAACUUGUAUCCUUUCAAGAGCAGAAAGUAAAACAAGAGGAGAAAGUUCAGUCUGUUAAACCAGACCUAACAAAGAUGAAGAAGAUGGAGAAGAAUAUUGAGGAGAAGAUGAAGGUUCAUCAGGCAGCAGCAGCAUCUGCUCAAGAAGUUGAAGCAGAAGUUACUAAAAUUCACGAAAAAAUUUUGGAAGUAACUGGAGGAAAAAUGAAGUCGCUCAAAAAAUCUUUGGAGAGUGUUGAGAAGAAACUUGAGAAAGUUAAUGCAGAAAUUACCAGGCUUCAGGUUGCCAUCAAGACUGCCCAGCGCAACACCAAAAAAACGGAGGAGAAGAUUGCUGGAAUGGAAGCUGAAAUUACAGAGGUACAAAAUGAAUUAAUAGGCAUGCAGGGUAAGAGGACUACGAUUGAAGGUGAAGCUGCUAAGGUGCUGGAGCAGUUGCAGUCUGUUACACAUAAAGCACUAGAGUUAGGAGAGAGAGUCACCAAACUCAAGGCUGAGCACGAGGUGUUUGUCAAAAAGGAGAAUGCUAUCAAGUCCAGUAAAAUAGAGAUUGACCAGGAGCUGGAGAAGUAUGAUGGCAUCAUCAAGGAGAACAAGGCUAAGAUGUCCCACUGGAAGAAGCAGCUGAGUCGACUCGAGCUGACGGAGAUUCCAAUUGACAAGGAGGAAGGUGACGAUGCUGAGUUAGUUGUCCUGGAAGCUGAAGCUCUUGAUCAGCUUGACCCCAAGAAGCUUCAAUACCAGCUUACUAUCCUGGAAGAAAAGCUGGCACAGUCAAAACCCAACUUGGCUGUUGUUCACGAAUAUCGCAAGAAGGAAGAGAUAUACCUGCAGCGUGUGGCAGAGCUGGAUGAGAUCACCCAGCAGAGAGACCAACAAAGGAAGUACCAUGAGGACCUGAGGAAGCAGCGUCUGAACGAGUUUAUGACGGGUUUUACCAUUAUAUCCAACAAACUGAAGGAAAUGUACCAGAUGAUAACCUUAGGAGGAGACGCUGAGCUGGAGUUGGUCGACUCUCUGGACCCAUUCAGUGAAGGCAUUGUUUUUAGUGUUCGCCCACCAAAAAAGUCUUGGAAAACAAUUACUAAUUUAUCAGGGGGUGAAAAGACGCUGUCAUCCUUGGCACUGGUGUUUGCUCUCCAUUACUACAAACCAACAUCUCUCUACGUCAUGGAUGAGAUUGAUGCUGCUCUUGACUUCAAGAAUGUUUCAAUUGUUGGAAAUUAUAUUAAGGUAGGGAUAACCCAGCCUUUAUGUAUAUAAUUUACAUUUGCACAC